CUUGUCACUGGCAGGUUACAGCCCCUCUGAGCUGACAGUGUGCUCCUCAUUGUUCACCAGGCAACUGGAGGCUUCAGCACUGCGCCACUGAGACCCAGAGACAGACCCAGCCCCUCUGUUCCUCCAACCUCACAUUCUCCCUGCUCCAUCCAGCAGCGCACAGCCCCGCUCAGCUCUCCGUACCCAGCGACCAUGGCCAGCACCAUGUCAGCCUACAAAGAGAAAAUGAAGGAGAUGUCCAUGCUGUCUCUGAUCUGCUCCUGUUUCCACUCACAACCGCAUCUUAACAAAAUGUACAAAUAUGGAGACAUGGAGGUGAAGCCCAUCAGUAAGAGGGCCUCCGGCCAGUCCUUUGAGCUCAUUCUGAAGGCCCCUGCGGACCUGUCACCUGACCGCCCCCAGCCCCUGUCCUCCCCCCCAAAGAAAAAGGACAUGUCUUUGGACGAGGUGCAGAAGAGGCUGGAAGCUGCUGAGGAGAGGAGGAAGUCCCAGGAGGCCAUGGUGCUGAAGCAGCUGGCUGAGAAGCGUGAACACGAGAGGGAGGUACUGAACAAGGCCCUGGAGGAGAACAACAACUUCAGCAAGAUGGCUGAGGAGAAGCUCAACUACAAGAUGGAGGCCAACAAAGAGAACCGGGAGGCCUAUCUGAACGCAUUGAAGCUGCGACUUCAUGAGAAGGAACUGCACGCAGCUGGAGUGCGCAGGAACAAGGAGCUGCAGGCCAGGCUUUCUGGCUGAAGACCUUUUCUACGAAUUUAUCAAGAAACUUUAUGUUUCAGGAGUUUUUGGCAAGGAAAUGCAACUUUUUUAAUCUUCCUGUAUUGAAAGUCAUCCAUUGUCGUUCAUCUACCAAGUUAUUGAACUCAUUCUUCAUGCAAUAGAAAAUCAAUUUACAAAUAGUGUAAUUGCAAUUAUACAACUCACCGCAUUGAUCUACAGUAUACCAGUGAUGGUCCACUCCACUCUGUAGGGUUUUCAAGUCAAUUUCACUAGUAUUCUACAAGAUAGGGAGGUUUUGGAGGGCUUUGUAUAUUUUAUUGUGGAAUCUAUUUCUACAGUUUACCCCACAAAUAGUUCUGAAAUCAGCAUUUUCCUUGAUUGUUCAAAUAACAAUAUCCAAUAAUCAAACAUUAUAAAGCAUUUAUGCAUCCAGGGUUUGCAUACAAAUAAUUGUUCUAAUUUGCUGUGAAAUUAGAUUGAAGCACAACUAGUAUGUCCCAUUAAUCAAACAGGUAAUGGCUGAAUGGCAUCAUGAAACAAAACCAAAAUGAUUGUGUACUUAUCUUUCUCUUCCAAAUAUUUGCAAAAUGUCUGUGCACAAAAAUAUUGCUUGAGCCAAAUUCACUUUUUAUAAUUUUACUGCAGUGAUGGCAGUAAAGCGUAGAAGUAGAAAGCCUCAUAUGUUGUUUAAAGUGUUGGUUUGAAGGUUGGAUUGAGCUUUGUUUAGCUUCUUCCUCCCCCUGUGAAUACCAUUCUAAAGAUAGAAUUCAAGUCAUUUUCCCUCAUUGCGUUUCACUCCUCCUGCUGUAUAAUGCAUAGUCUCUCAUCUUUUUGGUCCCAUAUAUAUUAUAUCCAAGUCACCUGUUAAACACAUUACUGUAAGGAGGCUAUAUUUGGUGCUACAUUUACAUACUGUAAAUCUGUAGUUUCUCCCUCUCUUAUUCAGAGAGUGGCAUAUUAACAUCAUUUAGGCUUUAGCUAUUUAAUCUCAUUCACAUCAUGAUGUGAUGACAUGAUGAUCUUCACAUUCGAUUGUACCAUUGUUGCAUUUCAUGCAGUACAGGCUCAAACACUGGAAGGCAUGCGUAUCUCUGAAGAGGGAAAAGUUAUAAGUAUAUCUGCUUAUCCGGUAUUCUGACUUACUGUAUAUUACUAUAUUUAAACGUUAUAAAUAAUGGGUUACCAAGAGUAUAUAAAGUGAGAGCAGCUGACUAUAACAAGAAAAAGUGUUGAUCAGUGUGACUUCUCUCUCUCACUUCCUCUCUCUAAUCUCAUGCAUUAUUUUCCCUGAUGCCAAGUUGUCAUAGCACGGUAUCUAUAAAAUAAAACUGGGUUCAUUUUAGUACUAUGCUACAACAAUACAAUGCAGUCUGCAUCUCUGAUUGAAAAUACAAUAAAUUCAGUCCAAUUUAGCCAUUGUUUCACAAUGAAAUAUUGUAUAAACAUAAUGCAACAUGGUUAUUACUUCAAAAAUAAAAGUGUAUUGACAGGUCGACAUGUCUUCUCUGCAUUGUGAACAGGCAACCUUAUGGUCUUCCAUCCUAGUACUUACAGUACUAAGGCAACCAUACGUAGCUUCAUAGUAUGUGAUGUCCUAGUUUGUUUAAAUUGGGCAGAGAUGUGUUGUGCUUGUGCUUGAAAUGGACUGCUACUUUGCCUUAAGACACCAGUGCCAUUCACUGUUUGCAUUUCCUCUGCCUCUUACCUGAAGUCCCCCUCACCCCACCUGACAGCGAAUAAUUGAAUAAUUGCAGGUUAAUUCACUUCUAAACUUAAAAAUACAGAUAUUCUUGUUGCCAUAUCACAUUUUGUAGGUUAAUACAGAGCACCGAAUCCCCACAGUCCGGAAGGAUAACUCACAUAGACGCAAGACAGAUGCAGUUACCUGCGUAAUCUUAUUUAAAGAACUCAUCUCCAGUACAGUGUCAGCUCUGGAUUCUUAUUGUCAAAAGAAAAUAAAAUGAAUAAUAAUAAAGUUGGUAACUCACCUGU